AUGCCCAGCGAUUCUGCCAUCCACGCCGCCGCCGGCGCCCUCGGUGGCGUCGUCGCCAUGUCUGCGACCUACCCACUGAUCUUCCUCUCGACGCGCGCUGCAGUCGAGACGAGAAAUGUGCAGAAGUCUACUAAACAAGCCGUGCUCGACAUCAUCAAGCGCGAGGGCGUCACUGGCCUUUAUAGUGGACUCAAUUCCAGCUUGCUCGGGAUAGCAGUCACGAAUGGCGUCUACUACUACUUCUACGAGCGCUCGCGAGAUUUCCUUCUCAAGUUGCGCACCGGCAGCAAGGCAUUGACUACGCCAGAGUCCAUGCUCAUUGGCGUCAUCGCAGGCUCUGCCACUACACUCAUCAGCAAUCCUAUCUGGGUCAUACAAACGUCCCAGGCCGUCCGCACCCAAACCCUUGACGAGUCUUCCUCCGAGGGCGAUGGGCAACCAAAGGUCGUCGUGAAGCGCCUCGGCUUCAUAGAGACGCUCCGCAACAUCCUCAACAAGGAUGGCUUCCGAGCCCUCUGGCGCGGGAUCGGCCCCGCCCUUAUGCUCGUCAUCAACCCCGUCAUCCAAUACACCGUCUUCGAGCAGCUCAAGAACAUCCUCAUCGCCCGGCGCACCCGCCAGCGGCGCGCGCUCAAGGGCGCCUCCGCCGCCGUCGCCGUCCUCACCGACUGGGACUUCUUCCUCCUCGGCGCGCUCUCGAAGCUCAUCGCCACGGGGUCGACGUAUCCGUACAUCGUCGUCAAAUCCCGCCUCCAAGCCGGCCACGCCUCCGCCCUGCGCUACAAAUCCUCCCUCGACGGCCUGCUCACGAUCCUGCGCGAGGAGGGCGUGCGGGGGCUGUACAAGGGCGUCGGCAGCAAGCUGCUGCAGAGCGUGCUGACGGCGGCGAUCUUGUUUGCGGGCCAGAGGAGGAUUUAUGAGGUGACGAAGCGGGCGGUUAGUGCGUGA